AUGCAUAUUUUGAAGCUACCUUGGCUAGCUCAUAGAGGAGAAGCAAAGAAAGUUGAGUGUUAUUCUGUGAGCGUAAAUGCUGAUGGAACAAGGUUAGCAUCAGGAGGACUCGACGGAAAUGUGAAAAUAUGGGAUACACACACUAUAUCCGAGUUCAAAGCGAUCGAUGGAAUCGACCCAGCCAAGAUGAAUGAGCUCGAUCGCCUACUACCUCCACAAUCGCAAAGAAGACCCCUUUGCUCUAUGAGUAGACAUAACGGAGUUGUUACCAGUGUCAAGUUCUCUCCAGAUGGACAGUUUCUUGCUUCGGGAUCUGACGAUAAGAUUGUGUUAAUAUGGGAAAGGGAUGACCUGAUGGCUAACCGACCCAAACAGUUUGGGGAAGUAGAGGCAGACCUUGAACAUUGGACGGUGAGAAAGAGAUUGGUGGCUCAUGAAAAUGAUAUACAAGAUAUUUGUUGGUCGCCCGACGGGUCUCUCUUGGUGACGGUGGGAUUGGAUAGACUGAUAAUCAUCUGGAGUGGUACAACGUUUGAACGGAUCAAACGUUAUGAUAUUCACCAGUCCAUGGUUAAAGGAAUAGUGUUUGAUCCUGCCAAUAAGUUUUUUGCAACUGCAUCUGACGAUAGAACCGUCCGGAUUUUCCGGUACUCCAAGAAACUUCACGAAUCAGUUAACGACUAUGAGUUUCAAAUGGAGCAUGCUGUGUUUGAACCGUUUAAGAAGUCACCUUUAACGUCUUAUUUCAGAAGAAUGAGUUGGUCCCCUGAUGGUCAGAACAUCGCGGUACCGAAUGCUACCAAUGGACCCGUCCCUUCUGUUGCCAUUAUAAAGAGAGGUGACUGGAGUACUGAGGUGUCCUUAAUAGGUCAUGAGGCACCUUGUGAAGUCUGCUCCUUUUCACCCAAACUUUUCAUGGACGAGUCUGCUGACCCCAAGAGAAGCGAUAACUUCUACACUAUUUUAGCCACUGGCGGACAAGACAAUACCCUUGCUAUCUGGAGCACUCGUCAGAGUAAACCUUUGGUGGUAGCUCACGAUAUCACUUCCAGUUCUAUUACCGACAUUUGCUGGACUAAUGAUGGAGGAACUCUCUACUUGAGUUGUCUUGAUGGGUCCGUCACUUGUGUGUCUUUUGAUGGGAAUGAGCUUGGAAAAGUGGUGAGUACGGAAACCCUUGCUUCCCAAUUACACAAGUAUGGAAGAGAUCGAGAAUCCAAUGUGUUUCCUGAAAGUACACAGCAACUUCUUUUGGAAGAAAAGGCAUUCAAGGUGUUGGACAACGAAGGGAAGAAACCGCUUGUGCCACAUAAAUCAGAGGUCACACCCACACCUGAACCGACUAAACAAGCUUCGAACGUGAACAGUCCUCGUUUACCACCACAGCUCCCUACCACGGUCACCAAAUCUACUUCCAAAGAACAGACCAUUACGAUAAAGAACGGAAAGAAACGAGUGGCUCCAAUCUUGGUGUCGGUUCUGUCCUCUAAACCCAAACCCAAUCCAGAUAUUGUUUUGAAUAAAGUUAUUAAGAAGUCAAAGCCGAAUAGUAAGGUUUCUCAUGGGUCCUACAUUCUCCCCAGGUCGGGUGUAAGCACUGCAGUACAAGGAACCAAAAUGAGAAGAGAGGACUCACAUAUUCAUGGAAAUAAUAAUAAUGACGACCAAGACAAUGAUAAUGAUGAAAUAGGGCUCGAUGUAGCAAACGAUCAGGCCAACAAUGCCAACCUAUCCAUUGCCACAUUGAAAAAACAGAAAAGUAAAAUUAAAAGACAAAUCAUGGAAGCCAGAUAUCCGAAUCAAUUCAAGCUCAUAUCCAAUUUAUCAGAGUCCCUAUUUAACCACAGCUCUUUAAUGAGACAUGAAAUGAGUAAGAUUAUUAAUGCUUAUGACUUUAGAAAUGCAGCGGACCUUUUCAGCGGCACUAGUGCUUCUGCUGAUACCAAUGACGAAGACUUGAUAUUUGCCGUGUUGGUGUCAGCAAUUUCACAUAAGAACAAUGAAAUGUACUCCAUUGAUUCACCCUCAACUGAACCCACCAGAUCCAUAAUAGAAGUAAGAAAUGGGACUCCUUGGAUAAAAGAUGACGAGGAGAUGGAUAUCGAAUAUGAUGAUAGAAUCGACUUCCAAGAUCCUACAUCUGUGAUUGUCACGAACUACUUAGGAGACGAGGAACGCAAAAAGUAUGUCAUAUACUUCCCAUUCAAGAUCCAGCAUGCCCUACCAAUUUUAUUUGAUGGUGUUUUGACCUAUUAUGCUAUGGCAUCGUUUGAAGGAACGUUACAAAUCAUCUUUGCAGAAUCAGGAUCCUAUUUAUGCCCAAGCUUAGAGCUUGGAAAUAAUCUUGUGUGCUUGAAGCAUUCUCAAGAAUAUCUAAUGGGAGUAACCAGCUCUGGAUUAAUCUAUAUAUGGAAGCUUCCCAAGUUUCCCCAGGAAAGGCAUUUGAAGGCUGUCCUUAAAGGGGUAUCAAUGGCCCCCAUCAUGAACUGUGAUUUGAUUGUCGAGCAGAUGCCCUCCAACUCAAAGUUUGGUGAGGGAAUCAUUUCACCAGACGUGAAGGCCAUUGAGGUCGAUCCUCGAACAGGGAGCCCGUACGUUAUAUUGAGUGAAGGUAACAACGUAUACCAGUACUCCAUUGAGUUGAUGUGCUGGACAAAAGUGGUCGACUCAUGGUAUUUCCAUGCCAUAGAUACAGAAACCUGUUCCAAGUGUAAGACUUAUGACUACUUCUACAAUAUGAGCUCACGAGGAUUCAAGGUGGACGUUGAGACAUCGAGGAUCGGUAAGUACAUCUUCGACGACAGCACUUCAGAGCUCCAAAGCGUUAUGAAAACUAGGUUUGAUGAGUUGAUGCAUUGUUGAUGAGUAGUAACUCAUUUAUGUAUAUACUGUAAUAUAAAAACUAAUUCUGAUGUUUCACUUCUUCAACCUUCAGUUUAUCGACUGGGCUGGGCUUCUCCACAGGGGUCUCAAAUGGGAACUUGAUCAAAAAUUCCAACGAAGUUAACACUGAGUUUACAGAGAACAUCCAUACCGUAAGUCCUACACCUCCAAGAACCACAAAUGGUAAACCAAAUAGUCUUUCAAUGGGAUAAGGGAGAUACCCGGGCGGGAGAUGGAAAAGCACCGCCUUUCUGAACCAGAGCCUGAAGAACCAAAUAGGCAAAGUCGUUAACACACUGAUGAGUAAACCCAAAUAUUUCACCACACCAGCUUUCUCCGAUGCCAAACCUUGGUUUAACUGAUCAAUUUCGGCCAAGAGCUUGUCAUGCUGACGGUUGAGCUUCGUCCAUUUUGCAUACUCAUCUUGGGCACUCACGGCUUUUCUUUGGAGGUUUACCUUCCUUGCUUCCAGAGAUUUAUUUGAAAUCUCCAGUAGCUUUGAGUGGCCCAACUUGCCAGCAACCUGGCAGUAUGAUCUCCAGGUCAAGUCUUGGAUGUUUUUCUUUCCCACCACCUCAAUGAUCUUCUUAAAUAGCAACACGGUCAACACCGUCACCAACAAGGUCGAUGGAUAUAAAUCAAAAGAUACCAUUAUGAAGGGUAUUCUCAGUUAGCUUUGUCGUUUGGGUUACAAAACGGUAGGUUC